UUUCCAUCAUGAAGGAAGUAAGCAGCCUCUCACUGGAUAAGAUGAAGGAAUUCAGGAUGAAGCCAGAUCGAAUCCUCAUCGAUCAGCUGUGUAAGUGCUGCUGGGUAACGUGUCCGUUCUGUGCAGCUGUUUGUACCAACACCCUGGAAGAUCACAGUCCUGAUGACCAUAACGUGCCUUUUCAUCGCCCCUCUGGGAUUAAUGGAUGGCACAAAAGAAACACAGUGGAACUGAGUGUUGACUUCUGCACAACAGACGUUGCAAGUGAUGGACGUUUUUACCCUCAUCACGAUUCAGAAGAGGUCAUUCCCUAUAAACAGUACCGAACUGCCGGCCCAGGGUAUGCUGACUGGAGAAUUACCGCUGAUACGUCUCAGCUGAAAUAUUGGACAUGGUUUGUGUGUCGAUUUCAGAAGCAACUGGAAGACCACUAUAAAUUAAAAUUCGAGGGCAGUGGAGAAAUUCCCAGCCAGUGGAAAACACACUCUAAAGAAGCAGCUAUUAAAAGUCUGGAUGAAAUGUUCGGCCUGUGAGUGAACCAACACAGCUACAGCCGACUGAAAAUCAUGAUACUUGUUUUCGCUACUUUUACUGAUUUUAUCAUUGAAAGGUGAGUUUGUCUGCGAGUAAUAGAUGUGGACAAUCAAUGAAUCAUUACAAACUACAGGCAAAUUGUUUUUGCUC